CUACGAUCUUAAUUUCCAAUUGCGACAGGAACUGCUCUUGGCUCUACCCUAGUAAGAAUGCCGAUAACUGCUUCUAAACGUAUUCCAGCAGCCGGGCAACCUGCAAAAGUCUUGCACUUGAGCGGACGUAGUGAUGUCUGCUGCAAAAGGGGCUAUACAAGUCGCCCUUUGAGGAGCCCUGUUAUGCGCGUCCAUAAUGAGGGUGACGCCCCUUCUCCCGGCCCGGCCUCCCCAUCCACCCCCCAAGACCGCUCCUUCACCUCUUCCGCUUCCAAGCCCUCCAAGCCCGCCUCAGAAGUACGGACGGAUUUGCUGCAGGGCUGCCGUACGAUCAUGCGCGAGCUGCAGGGCCUGGACUUCCCGCCCGGUGAGAUUCGCGGCUAUUUCACACACGCCGUGAAGCCGCCUGCGGGGAUGCCCGCGGACUUUGAUAUGGGCCGAGCGCGGGCGGUGGUAGCUCAGAUGCUGGCGGGUCGCGAGGAGGAGGUGGCGGACGUGCAGGCGCUCAAGGCCGCCCAGCUCAUGCUGUCCGACGUGUGGCGCUGGCGGCGGCGCGGCGGCGGCAUGGACGACGAGUCGGACCUCCCUCCGCACCUGCUGGCGCUGGAGGGACUGCAGCGGCUGGGCGGGGAGCAGAUCGACCGCAUCACGUCAUCGCUGUUGGACAACCUUCCCAUCUCGGACGAGCAAAAGCGCGAGCUGAGCGGUCCCGUACAACAAGCCGCCAUGGCUGGGCUCAACGGGGCCGUGUGGGGCAGCAUGGCAGCGGCGGCGGGGCUGCUGCUGAUCUUCAACUUCGCUCGGGGUGGCUAGGUGGAUGGAUGGAUGGGUGGGUAGGUAGUUGGAGGGAUGACCAGAUAGAUGGGUGGGUGGACAGAUAGGUAGGGGGUGUUGAGGAGUUUUGGAGGUGUGCAGUGGCUAGGGGGUGUUUGGGGGACUGGGUGUGCAUGCAUUGUAGAGCAACUUGUUGCGACAUGCAUCCCAUGCAAACAUGCAGUACCUGUAUACGGAGUAUAACGUUGCAAGCUGGCAGUUGCCCCGCGGGGGCAGUUGUCCGUACAGCUUCCACUCAUUGUGGGUGGCUGGUGCCGAGUGGGUGUUAAACCCUUUCCGUACAACGUAAGAGCGUAGGAAGAGUAAUGAUUUGGCUAUACAGGCAUAACGCCACAUUUAGUGUGCGCUGCUGUCCUCAUGGUACCAUGGGUGCUUGGCAUCCCCUGUUACCCACACGGCGUCGUACUCGGCGGUUAGGUAAACUGAGCCGCGACUCAGUCGUACUCUCGGGAGGGGGUGACGAGUCGCGAAGUCUCCAUCAGGGUAUUCCAGUGGCUGGGCUGGGUUGGCGUCUAGCCAGCAGCAUGUACUGUACGGUGUGUGUCGUACGUACCAGCACAUAAGCCGCUGGAACGCGGUUACGCGGCCACGGAUGUGUGUGCUUAAGACGUUAAGAGGGAUUAGAGAAAGAUGUUUGGGGGUAUGCUGCUGCCGUACUUACGCUCUUUUUAAGUUCCCGCAGAUACGUCAGUUUAGCGGUGCGCAGUGCCUCCC